AUGAAGUCGACGACCGUCGUGAUUUUCCUCAUCAUCUACCUCCUCCUCGCCGUACCUUGCUUAGUUAAAGGAUCAGAGAAAACGGAUUCGGAGGUGUACGAAAUCGAUUAUAGGGGACCGGAGACUCAUAACUCUAGACCUCCGCCGGAAACUUUACACGGCAAGCCACCGCACAUCCACCAUAAAACCUCCGCUGCUGGAUCCGCCGGUGCUCAUGUAGGAGGAAAGAGUAAGAUGCAAUCUCCAUCUUAA